AUGUCUUUGUUUGACGACGAGGAAGACAACAAUCCAUUUGCUGGUAGCAAUCACUUGUUUGCUUCAGGUAUUGGUGGAUCUAUUCACUCUGCCGAUGAUGACCCAUUUAUUGAUAACACCAACAACAGAGACCAUUUUUCAACUGCAAAUAUCUUUGGUGAUCAUCUCAGGGGCUCAGGGUCAAUCAGUGAUCAUCCAAAUGGUCAGUCUGCUAGAAUUGAUGUCUCUAAUGAUGCAUUUGACGCGUUAUCAUCAUCAACAAUACAACACGAAGAUCUUGACUCCUUUGGGGAGUCAACCCCUACACAUGGCAAAGGCAUAAUAAAAUCAGGUUUGCUAGGCGAUGAGAGUACUACGGCCUACCAAAAAAAUACAGCAAGCUCAUCUCCAGAACUGUGGAUCAAUUACAAACCCUCUAGCCUCUUGCUUUCAGAUAAUGAAACAAGUAUUAUUGAUAAUGCUAAGCAAGAAGAAUAUGAAAGAGGAUUGAUGGACCAUGCUAAUACCACUAUUUCCAGCAACAAUCCUUUAGAUUUUUAUUCAGAAUCGGAAGCGACUCCAUAUGAGAUUAUUCACAACAAUACUGGUAUUCAGAUUGAUAUUCCAUAUAUAAUUCAAUUGAAGGACCGGAAGAACAAGGUUGUGAUUGUUUACAUUAUCAAAUUGAAGAAUUUAGAAAUCAGGAGAAGAUAUUCGGAUUUCGAUAAGUUGAGAAAAAUCUUGGGUAGAAUCUAUCCUAAUUUUUUGCUUCCAUCGUUACCAGAAAAGCACUCCUUCAGAAACUACAUGAAGAAUCCAUUGAAUGUCCAAAAAUCUGAUGUCAAGUUCAUUGAGCACAGAAAGAGAUCUCUCAGGUCUUUUCUAAAUAGAUUAAUAUCCUACCCAAAUUACAAUCCGGCUGUUCCUGAAGAUAUUCCGCCAAUUAGGUUCAAUGAUAUUUUUCUCAAAUUCCUAGAUCCAACAAUAAGUAAUUUUCAAGAUAUUCUCAAAAUGCUCCCAAUACCAUUACUUCAAAAUAAUCCAUUGUUGAACGAUCCUUUGAAUCCUUACAAAAUAAGCCCAUAUCAUAAUCUACUCCCUAAUCUAGUUCACACAUCACUUUCUAAUUAUGAUCAAGCUGUUAGAGGCUAUAUGAUGGUGCUUGACAGAGAGAAACGAAAGACCGAAGAGUUGAGAGUUGACUCUCCAAAGAAAGCUUUGACAGGCAGCACAGUAAACGACGCUAACACAUCAUUAUCGUCCAUGGAUGUCCUAGAUGAUCUAGAUUUGAUUACUUUUGAAGACUAUGAAUACUUCAAACUGAUUGAGAAAUACAUUUCAUCUUUUGCCAGAUCUCUUCGACCAGUGAUUUCAUGUGAAAGUCGGGUACAUGGAACAUUGGAGGAUUUAAUUAAAAACUUGUCAAAACUUGGAGCAUAUUUCAACGCAUUUUCCUUGGAAUAUAAUUUCACUAUGACAUUUCAACCUGAUUUUAAGAUACCUCACAAUGAGAAAUCAGGAAUUCAAGAUAAUGAAGAGGAACCUGUUGUUGUUGCUGAUGAUGAUAUCCAACACUUAAAGGAGAAUUUAACCAAAUCGCAGAAUAAGGACUUUGAAAAAUUCUACACUUUGGCAUCGGCAAUUGAAAAAGUAGGUCAAUCUAUUGAUAACGAAUUCAUUAAUAUUGAAAUGUUGGAGUUUUCAUUGAUGACGUCCUUCCUGGAACCUCUUAUGGAAAUAAACUCAAUGUUAAAAAAUUGUUUAACGGAAGUAAUUAAGUUCAAAAAAUUGAAAGAUUUGCAAUACUUGACAAUUAACAAGAGGCUUAGAGAUAAGCGGAAAGCUUUGAAAACAUAUCUUGACAUUGAUUUGAAGUACCAAAAGUUACAAGAGGUUUUGAAGAAUAGUAUCAAUGAAAGUAACACCAUGAAGCAAGCCUAUCAAAGACUUGAGAUCCAAAAACAGAAGCAGAUGUUGAAGGAACAGAAGCAGUACACUAGACAUCAGCCAUACCAGAACCUCGAUGACAGUUCUGAAGCAUCCUUUUCCACGACAGAAGACUCUGAAAUGAAUAGUAAUUUAGUAUUGAAUGAGGAAGCCAUGACAUUACCAUCAUCUGGCUCUUCGUUUAGCUGGUUGAACUUGUUCACUGGUAAGGCUCAUAGCCCAGAACAUAUGUCCAAAAUGCAACGCAAUCAAGAAAUCAGAAAAUUAAGGAAGGAAAUAGCCGCGUUGCAGCACUUGUCAGCAAUUGUAUCUAAUGAUGUGAAACAAGUGAACUCAACAUUGAAGAUCAACAUGAAAAAUCUCAUGAAAUUCUUAAGAGUCGAAGUGAACAAGUUGAAUCUAAAAUUUGUGAAGAUUUUCUUGAAGUUUUUCCGCGAAAAUUUAAGCCACUGGGAGAAUGUCAAUCAUUAUGUCAAUAAUAACAUUUAUGAUUUGAAAUUCAACUACAAGUAUGAUAAUAGAAUCCCAAGAUAUAUUAGAUAUCCACAGGAAGACUUGCUAAAGAAACAAAUGAUGCUACAACCCCAAAUGCUGCAAAAUGGAGAAGUUGCAGCUAACAAAAGGCUCAAAGAAGACUAUCUUGAGGAACAAAUAGCAAAACAUAAUGCAAAUAUCUCCUUAGCUAUUGCUAACCAUAGGGACCCGCUGGAACUUAAUAAUUCAGGAGGAGGUAUUCUUGGAGGAUUUGUUAGUGAUGCAGAAGAUGACGCUGACUUUGCAGAGAGUGAAAGAGAGAAUGAUGAUAGCAGUACGGAUAACGAUGAUGAUGGAAUCGAUGAUAGCUAUAACUAUUCCGAUGAUAGCGGAAACGAUACCUUGUGA